AGAGCGAGAGAAAGAGCGCUCCUCCUCCUCCUUCUCCUUCGUUCCUCUUCCCACUACUCAUCCCGAAAGCCAAGGUAAUACGGUCCUCACGGCGGAGUCCUCUCAUCAUUUCUUACCUCGCAUAAUGGAAACUGAAUGAAAACAGCUGUGACACGCUCCGAGAAAUAACCAAAACCUACGACUUGCCAUUAAACUGCCCUGGAAGAAGGUCGUGUUUGUGUGGAUGGAGAAUUUUGAGUCGCACCCAUGUGCUACCUAUCCUCAUACACUCCCUCCUUUUCUUCUCUUUAGCUGGUAAAUGAGCUGAAGUCAAGCUGGUUGUGAAGGUGCUCGACUUCUUCCCCCCUACGCCCCAAGCCGGACACAGCAUGGCGGCGGGAGUAGCGGCAUGGCUUCCCUUUGCCCGGGCAGCAGCCAUCGGCUGGAUGCCUGUGGCCAAUUUGCCCAUGCCAGUAGCACCUGCUGAAAAGAACAAAAGGCAGGAUGAGCUCAUCGUUCUUAAUGUGAGUGGACGCCGUUUCCAGACCUGGAGGAACACUCUGGACCGCUAUCCAGACACACUGCUGGGCAGCUCAGAGAAGGAAUUCUUCUACAAUGAGGAGACCAAAGAAUACUUCUUUGACCGGGACCCCGACGUGUUCCGUAGUGUGCUCAACUUCUACCGUACAGGCAAGCUCCAUUAUCCACGCUACGAGUGCAUAUCUUCCUAUGAUGAGGAACUGGCUUUCUUUGGCAUUGUCCCAGAGAUCAUCGGUGACUGCUGCUAUGAAGAGUACAAGGACAGGAAGAGGGAGAAUGCAGAGCGUCUGAUGGAUGACCAGGAGGACAACAAGGAUGCCAAGCUGCCCAAUAUGACCUUCAGGGAGACCAUGUGGCGGGCUUUUGAAAACCCUCACACUUCAACCAUGGCCCUUGUCUUCUAUUAUGUCACUGGUUUCUUCAUCGCUGUCUCUGUCAUCACCAAUGUGGUAGAGACCGUACCCUGUGGCUCAGCGCCCAACCAGAAGGAAGUGCCAUGCGGUGAGCGCUACACCGUGGCCUUUUUCUGCAUGGACACGGCCUGUGUUAUGAUCUUCACCGUGGAGUACCUGAUGCGCUUGUUUGCUGCACCCAGCCGCUACCGCUUCAUGAGAUCCGUCAUGAGCAUCAUCGAUGUGGUGGCCAUCUUACCAUACUACAUCGGCCUGGUGAUGACUGACAACGAGGACGUGAGCGGUGCUUUCGUGACACUCCGUGUUUUCCGCGUGUUCCGUAUCUUCAAGUUCUCCCGUCACUCGCAGGGCCUUCGCAUCCUGGGCUACACACUGAAGAGCUGUGCCUCGGAGCUGGGCUUCCUCCUCUUCUCCCUCACUAUGGCCAUAAUUAUCUUUGCUACCGUCAUGUUCUACGCAGAGAAGGGUUCAAGCUCCAGCAAAUUCACCAGCAUCCCAGCCUCCUUCUGGUACACCAUCGUUACUAUGACAACGCUCGGGUACGGAGACAUGGUUCCUAAGACGAUCGCAGGAAAGAUCUUUGGCUCAAUCUGCUCUCUGAGCGGGGUGCUGGUAAUUGCCCUGCCUGUCCCUGUCAUCGUGUCCAACUUUAGCCGCAUCUAUCACCAGAACCAGAGAGCAGACAAGCGGCGGGCGCAGAAGGUACAGAAAGCCCGUUUGGCCAGGAUACGAAUAUCCAAGACAGGAAGCUCCAGUGCCUUCCUCCACAGCAAGCGUAAUGGUCUGUUUAAUGAAGCUCUAGAGCUCACGCAACUUCCAUACAAGAUGAACCUUUCGAAUCAGGGUUCCACUGAGGAUGAGAAACGCUUAAGCAAGUCUACCUCUCUUUUAGAGAGCCAGCACCACCACCUGCUGCACUGCUUGGAGAAAACCACAAACCACGAGUUUGUGGACGAGCAGUAUUACCAGCAGAGCUACCUGGAAGGCGGGCUGCAGAAUUACCCGUCCCGAAGCCCCUCCCUUUCCAGUCAAGACGGUGUGACGGGGACGUGCUGCACCCGGCGAACCAAGAAGCACCACACCCCUUUACCGAACGCCAGUGCCCCAGCACACAUGCAGCCUUUGACACACACUCACACGCACCCACAAGGCUUGCAGGAGCUCAGCACCAUCCACAUCCAGCCUCUCAGCACCAGCCGCUCCAGUUUGAACAUGCGCGUAGAUGAGCCAGCCCCUCUGAACUGCCAGAGCAGCCAGAUCACCACAGCAAUCAUCAGCAUUCCCACGCCCCCAGUGACGACUCCGGAGGGUGAUGCUCAUCUGCCGGCAGGCCCCACCCACCAAAAUGUUGUGAAGGUGUCCGCACUGUGAAGACUAGAGUGCAGGCGCGUCACACAGAAAGACAGAUUAAAAAGGAAAAAAAAAAACUCAUCGAGACAGACUGAGGGACGGAGGAGGACUGAGAACGAUGGAGGAGAGAAAGCGUUCAGAGUCCUGGUCUGGCCUUGGUUGAGCCUGCCCUCUGCUGGUCGUGUACUGUAACGACAUGGACUCCCCGUGUGGACGGAGGAUGGCUUUUAGAUACAGUGUCGUCAUGUUAGUGGUUGGCGUACGUGUUCGUGCGUGUGCGAGUGAAAGAGUGAGAAACACCUGUAGGGAGUCGUUUUAGAUAAGCGGGUGAGUGAGUGAGUGUCUCCCAAGUGUCAGUGGUGAGCUCCCCGAGUAAGUCAUGUGUCACUGUGCACAAAGCACCUUUUCUUAUGAUUUACGCUUCAGUUUGACUUUUUUAGCUGGAGAUGUAAGGAGAUAUAAGGAAACCUCAAAGGGAAACAAAAGAAUAACAAUAAUAACACAUAAUCAACCCACCGCCUCAUCGUCCCCCUUUGUUUUCUGAAGUUCUAAUCUCUCCAUAGAUAAAUAUGACACCAAUCCUUUUCAGCUCCAAUAUUAUUCCAAUUUGAUUAAAAAUUCCAAAAAGACUGAUGGUUUUCAUAUUUUCAUAUUCGUGAAUGGGUGCAUGUGAAUUAAUUUUUUAUUUUUUGGGGGGUAGAUAAAGGAAUUGUGAUCUUUUGGAUAGAAGGUGUGUGUGCGUGUGAGCGUGUGUGUUUGUUCCUCAGUUGAUUGAAAACUUGUGUUUCAGUUCUUCUGAAAGUCUCUAUGGCUCAGUAUGUGGUAUAUUUGACUAGCUGCCACUCUGAAGGGUUCAGCGCACACAUUUCUGUCCAAAGUUCUCAGCUACAAGGCUUUUACACGACAUGUGCCUGUUCUGCUGGAGUUAAAAGAUAUUUAUUCGUUUUUUUCUAGCUUUCUGAAUUUCUCCACGUUCCCCGUUCAUUCCCACUUUUCGGCUCUUCCAGCCUGACGGACCUCAAAUAUCUCGAUUUCCCUGACGUAGAAACCAAAAAGUCUAUUUUUAAUUCAAAACCAUCACAAUUAAAAGCACAAGGCGUUCGCUGAGAAUUUCCGACACAAAUCUGUCCUGAGCCUGGGAUCUUUGUGAAUAUUGUUAAUAGAAUAUUUUGUAAUAUUUGACCAUUGUUUGGCAGAACCAGUGAAGCUGUCCUCUCGUUCUCUCUUUUCCUCACUCUGUCUUUCUCUCUGCUCUCUCUCUCUCUACAUUGCUCUCUCGCCCUCUCUCUCGUUGUUGUCCCGUUGUAUCCCUUCCUCCUGUGUGAACAACAGUAUGCUUUCAGUAGUCUUUCUAGCCGUCAACGUUUUUUCUCCCCCAAACUCAGCGGGCAUUUUUUUUUUGAAGUUGUUGAGUAUAUGUACUCUGUGUGGUUAGGAAACUUGGUGUUUGUACUUUUUGUCCUCCUUGGUGUUUCAGAUGAUUUAUUUCCUUUAUCUUCUGGAAAAUUUAAAGCAGGGAAGUCUGUUGUGACGGUGACCGCAGAGACACGAGGACACUGGAUGAGCAUCUACAGAUGUCUGUCACCAAAAAAAAAAAGUGUUGUUCUGUCUGUUCUCUUGAAUCCGAGACCGAUAUGUAUUAUUUCUCAUCUAAUCCCAUCAAAGUUGACCUUUGUAACUCUGGAUUAUGACUUUUUUUAAAAAUCUUGAAUGUCAUUUUUGGGCUCAGCGACCCCAAAGAGAAGUCUGUCUUCAUGUGGAUUUUCACCAAAAGAGGAAAGAGCAGACUAACCACCCGCUUUGCUCCGUGUAGAUAAAACGAAAUGGUGAUAAAGAGCACAAGGAGUGAGCCAGCGUUUCACCAGUAUAAGCCAAGAUCUUAUUUCAAAGGCAGUAUUUGAAAUCGUCUACAGCCUCAUUUACAGAGCCUUGGGGAUGCAGUAUAAAAUAUAAAUUACUCAAAAGGCAAUGAUUUCCAAAGAAAUUAAAUUGUAUUUUUAACUGAAACUAGUACAAAGACAACACACUUUUAUGACAAUUUUAAUUUGAUGCCACCCACACAUUUCAUUAAAGUAAGAGGACAGCUGUGCUGCAUACACUUUGUCUUUCUCCAAAAUUGUAAGUGCAUAUGAGAAAUAUUCAUUUAUGAAUCCAUGCUUUUCCUUCUUUUGCUUUGUUUAUGAUAUGAGCUUCUCAUUUGAGCCUCCUUUGUCUUAUUCUUCCUUUCAUAAGUGUGAAAGAUCCAGACUGCAGGCAAGUCAUUUUAGUACCUGCCAGACCGCCUGGUAAAGUUCAAACCGAGCAUCAGAAUGGGGAAGAAAUUAAAUUUAAGUGAUUUUGAAUGUGCCAUGGGUGUUGGUGACAGUCAGGAUGGUCUGAGUAUUUCAGAAACUGCUGAUCUACUGGGAUUUUUCCACACAUCCCAGAGAAAAAAAGAGAAAAUAUGAUGACUCAAAUAACCCCUCAUUAUGUCAGCUAAAACCAGGAAACGCAGGCUUUAAAUCACAGGGGCUCACCAAAACUGGAGUUCAGGCUGGUGGUGGUGGUGUAGUGGUAUGGAGAAUAUUUUCUCGGCACACUUUGGGUCCCUUAGUCCUUGUGUUCGAACAGCCCAGCCUACCUGAGUGUUGUUGCUGACCGUGUCCAUCCCUUUACAACCACAGCAUGUCCAUCUUCUGAUAGCUGCCUUUAGCCACAUCACAAAGCUCAAACUGUCUCAAGCUGGUUCCUCGAACAUGACCGUGAGUUCACUGUACUCAAAUGAUCUCCACAGUCAUCAAAUCUCAAUCCAGUAAAAUCCUUUGAGCUGUGUGCUGCUGAUGUGCAGCCGACAAAUCUGCAGCAACUGCCAGAUGCAUGAUGUCAAUGUGGACCAAACUGUGUGCAGCUAUUAGAGGUGAUUUUAAGCCCAUCAAGUUGUAGUUGUUGUUUUCUGGUUUUAAAGUGACCAUGACCAUUUUAUAUUGUUUUUAUGGUCCUCGUUUAUAAGCUCUCACUAGCUUUUUAUGACUCUUUUAAAUGUAUUUUGUAACAUCAAUCAUGAAAUCAUCAAAAGAUUUUUUUUUUUGUUAUGUAGAAAUAGCACGGUGGUUAGCACUGUUACCUCACAGGAAGAGGGUCCUGUGUUCAGUGCCACCAUCAGGCCAGGGUUUUUCUGUGUGGAGUUUGCGUGGGUUCUCUCCAGGUACUCUGGCUUCCUCCCACAGUCCAAAGACAUGCAGUUAGUGGGAUUAGUUUAGUUGGAAACUCUAAAUUGCCCAUAGGUGUGAAUGGUUGUCUAUGUGUUAGCCCUGAGACCUGUCCAGGGUGUACCCUGCCUCUCGCCCUAAGACAGCUGGGAUAGGCUCCAGCCCCCCCUGCAACCCUGAAAAAGGGUAAGCAAAAGUAAAUGGAUGGUUGAUGAAAUCAUCAAAAUAUUAUUUUUGUUAUUUAGAAAUAUAUAUUUCUUCUUGUUGUCCUAUCUUUCUCAGGCAUAGUGAAGUCUGGCACAUCUUUACUUCUGAAACCCUCUUUGACCUCUGUGACACAUUCAAACUAAACUAAUUAGUUGUGUUUUGUUGCCUGAUCCCCAAAUUCCUUAAUUUCCAAACCUCUCGUGUUGCCUUUGUAUUACUUUCAAUUAAAUAUAGAUAUUAAAUGAAGAACAAGGAAUUGCAUUGUAUUUGAUAAUUUGCACAGCAUCCUGACGUUGUUGGAAUAACAUGUUUGCUCCCAUGUAGCUGAUGAUGACUUUGCUGUAGAAGUAGACUGUUUAAAACUACUGCCAAAUAGCAGCAAAUGUAUUACAAACCUUUUAAAAAUAUAUAUAUCUUAAGAUGAAGACAUCUGAAAAGCUUAAGCAGUUUAACAUAUACAUUUGUAUGAAGCCUUAGAAAACAUAUCAUAAGCCAUCAGGUGGAGAUAUAUAUAACAUACUGGUACAAUACCAGUGCAUCAGGUCCCUUGAUUCUGUGUCGUGCUUUAGUUCACUCUAAUCUUGAGGUUAGCAUCAACCCCCCAAAAGGCUGAACCUAUUCUGCCAAGUUGUUUUAUCUCUGAUAUUCCUAGCAGUGACUUAGUGCUGUCGCUGAUAGUUUAGUACUGUACACAAGAAUAACUGCAUAGACGCAGUAAUAGUGUUUAGUUAAACUGUGUGCAAAAUUUACAUGGGGUUAAAAAAACAUAAAAGCACAGACAGAGCUUUUUUCAGUGUUCUUUAAAAAGUGGGGUUAGAGACAGUGUCUUCAGAUUUACAGCAUAAAGUCUGACAUUUAGAAUCUGUUAGAUCUAGAACGAGGGUAUGACAGGUAUCGGCAGAAGCGAGGCUCCCUGUGUUUUUUUGAUUUAUUUCAAUUUUUUGCUAAAGACGGUGGUUCAUUUCCUGCUUCCCUGUUUCAGAACAGGUUGUUUUGUGUCAGCUGCUCUUACAAAAUGACACAGUUUGAAAUAUAUGUAAACAUAUAUUCUGCUCAAAGUGUCAAAAGAUUGCAUUUUUCUUUACAAACAACUAAAACAGGUCCGUUGUUGUGUUCGUCUCUCUUUCUCUGUUAUGUAUUCUCCUUUGAUUGUCUUUUUUUCUGGGCUCAGUUUUUCCUCUCACUCUUUGCUUUGCCCUCCUAUGCCACCUGUCGUUGUUGAGACUACUGCUGUGCGUAACUUGUCAGGUGUUGGAUAUUAUUUAUGACCUUGUCUUGUGUCCCAACUGUGAAACGCCUGAUAAAACAUCUAUAUCUGCCACUAAUACAUAAUCUCUGGGCUCCCUUCUUCACCCACCUUUAAAUCAAUGCUUUCGAGUGUGUACAUUUUUACCGUAGAUUCGGCGUCUCUGCCAGUAGUGCAGUCCUUUUGACCCAAGUAUUCAUGUCAAAAUAUUAAACCUUAAGGCUCGCAAUUUUUUUAUGGGAACAUCCUGGGAUGAACAGGAAGAUCGUGUUCCAAACAAAAGAGCUAGGUAAAAGGGGAGGAAAUGAGGGGAUCUAUUGGAGGCUGCACACGGGUCAGCACCAUAACUGAUGUUUCCAGCUCCAGCAUGGUGGUGUUGGAAAAACAGGAAGUGCAAAGAAAUUAAAUGUUGUGCUCAAUUGUUUUCUUUUCUUUGGUAAAACUGAAGCAGUUGCUCUUUUGCAUUUUUCUCGAUAAAUUGACCAACUGAUAUAACGUCAAUUAGCAAACCUGUGAUAAAAGCUUAAGCUCA